AUGUCUCACUAUCAGCAACAAUCACUUGGGGGCGCGGACGAUUUGCUCAAAAAACUUUGUAAAAUUUGUAAGCUGAACAGUUUGUAUAAAGAUUGAUUGAAAACCAUUUCAGGGGUGAAGAACAAGAAAGCGAUUUGUAAUCUGCAGCCUAACUAUGAAGUAUGUAUGAAGCAGUUUAAAGAAAUGUGCUGCGAUAAACUGAAUCUCUGUCCCAUCACCAGUGAGCCGUGGUUCAUGUGGGUGUGCAUCGGAGUUGGAGCCCUCUUGCUUUUUGUCAUUGUCGGCGUCGUCGUCUUUUGUGUCGUCUUGAAGAAGAAGAAGAAGAUGAAGAACGGAGGAGGAGUUGGAGCAGGAGGAAAUGGAGGUGGAACGGCGGGCGGAGCAUUGAAAGGAAAGAAGUGA